AUGAUGUACGCGGUUCCUCUAUACUCACUACGGUACAACAUUCCUGCCAUGUCCAUGAGCUGGAAGACGAGUUGCAUCGUCGAUAGAUCAUCAAGGCAGCUGAUCACAUUCGGUGCGGGUGAUGGAGUGAAGGUGCCGCAGCACCUCCGCUGCCGUGGCUGCGUCGCCGCUGAUGACUUUUUUGCCAUACUCACUGACCAAGACGAGGUUUGGGCUUCGGGCGGAUUGAACGUCUUAGCGUACGAGAAUGGGGCCUGGUCGUCAGCGCCGCUUGGGAAGGAAGACAACAUGACAAACGUCGCCGGCAAAGCGCUUAUGCUCGUCGGGCAUGGGUCAAGGCUCGCCUGUGUCACACGUGCCUUUACGGUGCGCCCACUCUCCAUCGUGUCGAACCCGGUGCGCUCCAUCAUACCCUCUCGCCAUGUGCGGUUCUUAGACCUUGGCUACAGCGAGGACUACUUCAUGGUCGGCGCGGACGCGGUGCUGUACAAGACAACGGCAUCAAAGCGGACGCUAGGGACGCCGCGUCGUGUCAUGGCGUUGAGUCGAACUUCAGUCUCGCGUGUCGCGAGUGGAACAGGUUUUUAUCUCAUUAUUGAUCAAAGUGGACAACUGUUCACGAUUGGUCGUAAUAAAAAAGGUCAAUUAGGGAACGGACAGCAUCAGAAUGUGCGUCGUAAGCCGUAUCUCCAUAAAUCGCUGCGUCAUCAUUUUUUUGUGAUGGUCGCAGCAGGUGAUUCUCACUCUUUGGCCCUUACCAGUAGUGGUCUGGUGUAUGGGGCUGGUAGUAACGAAAGUGGUCAAUUAGGACUAGGCACUUCACUGACAGAAGCAGUUUUUUUCACACAGAUUCCUCUUCCCAGUAAAUGUGUGGGAAUCGCUGCAGGUCCGGCAGGGAGUAUGUUCGCGUGUGAAGAUGGUCAUGUUUACACGUGUGGUCUCAACGACUACGGUCAGCUUGGCCUCGAGGUGCCGGACCGCACAGUUCAUAUUCCUACUACCAUGGCCUCUGUAACGGAGGGAGUGAAGGCGUAUACAAUGGACUUUGGUGCCUAUUACAAGCCUGUGAUGGCGACGCGUGAGCCCGAGUUCACGCCCGCCCCACCACAUUCUCCACCCCCCAACGCCAAGCACGAAGAAACAGUUGAGGACGCAUUGCCACAGGCGCAGACAGGGCCAGAGACGCAGCAAGGGACACUGCAGCCGGCAUCUCUAGAUUUUCCGGAGAACGAUACGCCACCAAAACAUCCGGGCUUUGAAAUGGGGCAGCGGCCCAAGGAGAAGCGGGCGAUGUGUGCAAAGUGCUGUGCGGUCAUGUAG